AUGCCCGGUGUCCCAUCUAGUAAGGGAUGCGACGCCUGUCGCAAAAUCAAGAAGAAGUGCGAUGAGCUUCAGCCUUGCUCUCGAUGCCGUCGGCUGCAGAUAAUUUGUGUCGGCAGUGGCAAACAGCGAUUUAAGUUCAAGCAUGCCGAUUCCAAAUCAACCACUGGCCAAACGGCUGUCGGGAAGCGUCGGGUCGUUGUACCUUCAGUUAGAGCCGCAGCCAGUUUCCAAAUCACGAUGCAUAUUCCCGAUAGCGAGCUAGCUUCAUCUCUCAUUGGAACACUCAAAAUAACCGAUAUUCGAUACGCACUGGAGUAUUACGGCUACUUCUUGAAGGAUAUUCCGAGACGUCUGGGGAGCAGUGCCGCCCUUGAUGCCGCUGUCAAAGCAUUGGUCACUGCCUAUCCAUACUUUCACAGUAGAGAUUUCCCGCCAGAAGUGCUUAUGCACUAUGGACGAUCUCUCCGCUCCCUGAGAGAUACUCUGGAUGAUGACAUUGAAGCUCGAUCGGUUAAUACCCUGUGUGCGGUUUAUCUCAUCACUAUUUGCCAGAGCUGGCUUGGGAAAUAUGACGAUCAACUGGCCAGCCAUGGGGAAGCCAUUGCUCAUCUAUUGAGAAUGGCAGAUUUCACUCAAAUAAAAAGCAAUUUUGAGCGAGACAUCAUAAUCACAUUGACCGUACCAGUGAUAAUCGAAGCUAUUGUCAAUCCACGAAUCAAGAUGGAGCCGAAGUUCUUUCAAUUAGUUUCCGACCUUAACGACAACACGCCGGUAUCUUCUCAACGGAGUGAAAUACCUAGGUCUUCGACGAAACUUCCCACGAUCGCUAAAUUUCCGGAAUGGAUCAGAAAUCUUUCUCCGGGAGACCUACCUGAAAUUGCGGCGGCCUACUUGCGGAUUCGAAAUGACUCCCAAAGAAUGCGCGAAUACCUUGAUAAUUGGCCUGUCUCGGGAUAUACAGUUAUGUCUUCCCUUGUAGUGAUGCAACGCUCGCGGUACCAAGCCGGAUACGCUACCUUGAUCACCUUGGGUCUUAUGUUGAAUACGCUCCUCCGUGUAUUCCAUCCGGACAACCUCAUGUUAUCUGCCGAAGCGGCUUUCUUCUGCGAUGAGAUCGUUCUUGAAGCCGAGCUUGCCUCUUGCUAUCGACCACUUGGUGCCGCUUAUAUCGCAUUGUGUCUCGUCGUUGCUUGGGCUGCAGCAGAAGACGCCUAUCAGCUGGAUCGCAUUGACUCCAUUUUGGCCGAUUACCAAUCUGAUUUCAAGGAAAUCAACUGGAAGGAGCGUGCCAUGUGGCUGAGGAGACAAUUUGGCAGUUAUCAAAAUAUGGCGGGAGCAGAGGGGACUAGUAAUCUCGGCUCUCCGGACAGCCCUCGGAAGCUUACAGCUAAUGUUCAAGUUUCUGACGGCAAUUCAAGCCCUGAGUCUUGUUGCAUGAUGUAA